GUACUACCAGACGACACGGCAUCGAACGAACUCGGAGCAAAGGAACUGCCACUUCCAAAGGAGAAAGGAGAGGUCGAAAUGCUGGUGAUGGCAGGAGAGGAGGUAGCGGUAGCAGAAGAAGAGAAUAGAGGGGACGCAGAGGAGGAGGCAGGAAACGGGGAUACGAAGGAUGGAGCUGGAGCAGACGUCGUCGGCACAGAAAAGGCGGGGGGAGAUGAGGACGUAGCAAACGAAGGCACCGAAGGUGCGGCACUAGCUGACGAAGCAAACAGUGUCUGAGCCGAGGACAAGGCCGGCGCCGGCGCCGGAGGGGAAGCGGAAGUACCAAACAACGGAGAGGCAGCAGUGGAAGACGAACCGAAGCCGAAGUUGGGAGUCGAAGCCCCCAAUCCAAAACCAAAAUUAGGGCUUGAGGAAGCGGAAGGUGCGGCGGAUGCUGAGGGAAAAGGGAUGGGUUUGGGAGAAGAGACCGCCUGCGAGGAAAAGAGACCGGGGGUAGUAGAGGCGGAGGAUGGAGCAGAUGGCGAGAAAAGACUAGAGGUAGUAGAGGCGGAGGAUGGAGCAGAUGGCGGGAAAAGACUGAAGGUAGAAGCGGCGGAAGAUGGAGCAGACGUCGAGAAAAGACUGGAGGUAGAAAAGGCUGAGGAUGCGGCCGAUGAGGAGCCAAAGGUUGAGAGGCCGAAGAGAGAUGGGGAGGAACCGGCGGAGGAAGAAGCGCCUAGGGAGAAACCAGUGGCGGAAGAUGAGGCGGCGCCAGCGGCGGUGGGAGCGAAGGAGAAGGGGGAGGCGGAGGAGAGGGAGAAAGAGGAGGAAGCGGAAGAGACUGAGGGUUUGGGUCAACUUGGAGGAGUUGGGCCGGCGUGA